UUACAUUUGAAGUGCAUGCAUGCAUGGUAAACCCUCUCAAAAGCUUUUUAGUAUAUAUAAGGGAAUCAUACAAUGAACGCCGUCUCGCAAUGCAGCUCGUUGGUAUGAUCCAGUCAGUGAUAUUUCGACAUCAUAUGUGAUAUUUUGACAUCCUUUGAAAUAUUAUAUCACAAAGGAUAGGCCUAAUUGUGAUCUGAAAUGGACUAUGCCCCCUGGAUCAACCUCUAUAAUAUACACAAAUCGUGUGGUCGGCUCUGAACUGAACCGGGGAACUGAAUCAACAGAAGAAACUACAGUAUUCACCGAACGGUCUCGUCUGCACGUGAAUAUAUAUUGCAUUACUUGCUGUUCAAGUGAGUGUGAGCUUUGCAUCUAUCUGACAUAUAAGUGAAGUUGAAUAUCGAAUUCCAGGAUCCUUUAUAUGCUCAGUGCAUCACUGACAACCUGAUACACAGUACAGUCAUCCCGAUAUAGCUACCAUUACUGUCGACCCGGCUUGCAUCGGGCGUGUAACAAGACUUGGCCCGCAGAUUGCAUCUGAAGAUUUAAUCGCCAGUCAUUGGAAGCUAUACGAUGUCCGGGGUUGUUUUACGAGUUGUCCUUUUCAUUUUCAUGGGUGGUCUGGCCAUGCAAUGGCCCAUCACCCAGCAUCUAAUCUUUGACAUGGCUUGUCAUCGCUUGGGCUAUUCAGAUUAUGUUUGCUCCGAUCUUGGCAAUCACACGGACGCUGAACACGCUGUACAGGGCCAAGCCUCUACCAUCAUGACAUACCAAUCUGUCUUCUGUGAUAUUCCUGGAGCAGUGGCGUCCCUUAUUCUAGGGGCGCAAAGUGACAAGGUUGGACGAAAACGGAUCAUGCUCCUUCCAAUAAUGGGCGUGACACUUCUGCUUGUGAUCCUGCUACUAGGUUCAAUGAUACAUACGACGUCCAUAGUCUUCAUAAUGGCCAGUUCUGUUGCUUUAGGUAUCAGUGGUGGAAUAGGUACCUUCAUGAGCACAGUCACUAACUAUAUCACGGACAUCACCCCUGAAGAACAACGGACUGAGACACUGAGUAAAACUUUACCGUUCAUGGGGUUAGGUGUCAUCGUAGGGCUUAUCUCCUCUGGUAUCCUUACCCAACAACUCGGGGUGUCAGCGGCCUAUUUCAUAGACUUUAUCUUAAUGUUAGUAGUGCUCUACCUGGUUACCUUCCACCUUAAGGAGUCUAAACCAACCACUGACAAGUCCAAGGAUACCACACCCCAUCAGGAAGAUCAGUCACAGGGCAUCGGUGCCGCCAUAUGGGAAAACCUGACCGCUGGUGUAAAAGUAUUCACGUCAGAGAAAGAUGGCUUCGUCAGGAUUCAGUUGGGAAUGAUAGUUCUACAAGGCAUGGUUGGUUUUGCGAUCAUGGUUGCCGAAGGUAAUUUGUUGAUGCUGUAUACGAAGAAGUCACCCUUCACCUGGUCUCCAUCUAUGUACUCCAUCUUUACCGCAGCUAAGAAUGCACUAGGCAUAGUAGGGCAAGCCGUAGGAACCAUUCUAUUCUUUAAAGUGAUGGGCGCCAAGUCUAUCAGGAAUGAUUUCAUCUUGCUCUUGAUGGCAUCGUCUGCUGGGGUUGCCAUAAACAUCAUCGUCGCGUCGGCAACAACCACCACGAUGUUGAUGAUGACUACAGCUCUUGUCAUGUUUGCUACACCUGGACAAUCAGCAGCUGGUUCUAUAACAUCCAAACUCGUCAGCCCGGAACAUAAAGGUGCGUUCACAUCUCUAGGUACCUUCCUCAACACAAUCACUGUACCCAUAGCAGGAUUCAUUCUCAAUAGUAUAUAUUCCUACACAGUGCAUUAUUCACCAGGUUUUGUCUUUCUCUGUAUAGCAGCAGCACAUGCAGUCAUUCUAACAGGAAAUGCAUAUGUGGUCUUAUUCACGAAACAAGAAGCUACACAUGACGAGAAGACAGACUAACUCUAUUAAACUCAGGCUGCAUUUGUAUGAUUUUGAAACCAGUAUGGGGGUAACAUACUGGAAAUUAAACAGAAAGUGUAGUUUUAUUAUGCUAAAAUCCGGACUUGUGGACUAUUACAAUCGAAUGCCGUAAAUAAAAUAAAUGGACUAAAUGUUUACAGGAUGGGAUUACAGCUGUAAUCAUAGCUUUGUAUUUAUGCAUUUUUAUAGUUUGUUUUAUGUGCAUUUGACUAUAUUUCAUGCAGAUUAAUAUUUUGAUGGAGAUUAUUUGUAGAAAGUACUAAAGAUAAGCGAGCGUUUCAUGAAAUGACUUGUCUGAUGUUUUAUCCAACAGUUGCCAUAUGAACUGUGUUUUUCGGCCAAUCAGAAUCAAGGAAAUCAUAAGAUCCAUCAACUUGCUGGACGAAAAAAUGUUAAUGAAACGCUAUCCAACAGGGUCACAUAACCCAAAUGUUUACAAUCAAUCUGUAACAGCAUCAUGGUUAAAAAGUCAUACUAAUCAGAAAGAGUUUUAAAAUUAUUUUUUUUCAAUUGAUUUUAAACUUGUUAUUAUGAGGCCCCUGUUCUAAUUGAUAAAAAUGUAAAUUAUACCAGCUAUAUCGGCUGGAUAUAUAUCUAUAUAUUUUUAAAGUUUUGUGAUUGAUUUGUCAAUGUAAUUUGUAUGAGUAUAUCAGAUUCUGAAUUUCAAUAAACUGAAAGAAAAAAAAUGA